UGUAGACUUAUUUUUCUCUAUUUUUCAAUCAUUAAAUCAGUCUUCAAAACUAUCUGUGUGCCGACUGUUCAAUUAAUAUUGAAGAUAACUAUGAGCCGAAUUUUAUUAAAACCAAAUAAAUUUGCCAUAUUUAUAGAAACUUUGAUAGCAAAAUUUCUAGCAAAUGGCUAUAGACUUCAGCACACGCAUAAUUUAAAAUCGGUUAUUCAAUCACAAUUGGAAACGAUUAAAAAAGCGGGUACAUGGAAAGCAGAAAGAAUAAUAGCUUCGCCGCAAAGGACUCAAAUUUUAUUAAAUAAUGGGAAAAAAGUCCUGAAUUUCUGUGCCAAUAACUACCUAGGAUUAUCCGACAAUCCUAAAGUGAUAGAAGCAGCGAAAAAUGCAUUGGAUAAAUAUGGAGCUGGUUUGAGUUCAGUUAGAUUUAUUUGCGGAACACAAGAAAUUCAUAAAGAACUAGAAAACAAGAUCUCAGCUUUUCACAAAAGAGAAGACACUAUAGUUUAUGCCUCAUGCUUUGAUGCAAAUGCAGGGAUUUUUGAAACGCUAUUAACUCCUGAAGACACUGUUCUCAGUGAUGAAUUAAAUCAUGCUUCUAUAAUAGACGGCAUUCGUCUUUGCAAAGCCAAAAAAUUUAGGUACAAACACAGAGAUAUGAAGGAUUUAGAAGAAAAGCUUAAUGAAAGUUCAGGAUCUCGAUUAACACUAAUUGCGACAGAUGGUGUUUUUUCCAUGGAUGGUACUGUUGCCCCCCUUAAAGACAUAAUAGAACUUGCCAAAAAAUAUAACGCUUUAACAUUUGUGGACGAUUGCCAUGCAACUGGUUUCUUCGGAAAAACUGGACGGGGAACCGAGGAGCAUUUUAAUUAUUUAGGUGGGGUCGAUAUAAUAAAUUCAACUUUAGGAAAAGCCUUGGGAGGAGCAGCUGGUGGAUAUACAACAGGACCGAAAGAAUUAAUUGCUUUAUUGAGACAACGUAGUAGGCCUUAUUUAUUUUCUAAUUCACUACCACCACCAGUUGUCGCCUCAGGAAUUAAGGUUCUUGAUCUUAUAAGUAACAGUACAGACUUUUUGCAAAGAAUGGAAGACAAUACUCAUCAUUUUAGAAGCAGAAUGACAUCUGCUGGAUUUAUAAUUAGCGGUGAUAAUCAUCCUAUUUGCCCUGUCAUGCUCGGAGAUGCUAAAUUAGCAUCUGACUUUGCUGAAAAGAUGCUGGAAAAAAAUAUUUAUGUGAUCGGCUUCAGUUAUCCAGUUGUUCCUAGAGAAAAGGCGCGAAUUCGUGUUCAAAUCAGUGCCGCUCAUACAAAAGAAGAAAUCGAUCGAGCGGUUGAUGUAUUUAUAGAAAUUGGAAGAGAGCUUCAAGUUAUUCAAUAGAAGUUCCAAAGUUUGUCACAUCUUUCAAUUUAAUAAUAAAAAA